CCGCCCCCGAUUCUUAAGGCACGACCCGCCUCCCCGCGAGCAGACUCCGCAGUCCGAGCCUGGGGCGGGGAGACGAGACGUGGGAGACCCGGGACCCAGGAGCCCUCUGGGCCGGCCGGCCGCGAAGCACCGCCUCCGCCUCCAGGGCCCAGAAGAUGCCCCCUCACGCGCCCCCGGUUCUGCUCCUGUUGCUGCUGGCACUGGGGCGCGGGGCACGGGGCUGCCCAGCCAGCUGCCAGUGCUCCCAGCCUGGGACCGUCUUCUGUGCCGCCCGCCGGGGGACCUCGCUGCCCAGCGACGUGCCACCUGACACAACCCACCUGUACGUCUUUGAGAACGGCAUCGCUGCCCUGGACGCCCCCAGCCUGGCCGGCCUGCCGGGCCUGCAGCUCCUGGACCUGUCGCAGAACCAGCUGGCUAGCCUGCCCGCGGGCGUCUUCCAGCCCCUCGCCAACCUGAGCAACCUGGACCUGACGGCCAACCGGCUGCGCGAGAUCACCAACGAGACCUUCCAAGGCCUGCACCGCCUGGAGCGCCUCUACCUGGGCAGGAACCGCAUCCGCGUCAUCCAGCCCGGGGCCUUCGACGCACUCCGCCACUUGCUAGAGCUCAAGCUGCCCGGCAACCAGCUAGGGGCACUGCCCCCCCUGCACCUGCCACGCCUGCUGCUGCUGGACCUCAGCCACAACCCGCUGCCCACCCUGGAGCCCGGCGCCCUGGACACGGCCAACGUGGAGGCGCUGCGGCUGGCCGGCCUGGGGCUGCGGGCGCUGGACGAUGGGCUGCUGGGCCGCCUACGCAACCUCCACGACCUAGACAUGGCCGACAACCAGCUGGAGCGCGUGCCGCCCGCUGUGCGCGGCCUGCGGGGCCUCACCCGUCUGCGGCUGGCCGGCAACACCCGCUUGGCCCAGCUGCGGCCCGAGGACCUGGCCGGCCUGAGCGGCCUGCAGGAGCUGGACCUGAGCAACCUCAGCCUGCGCGCCCUGCCGCGCGAGCUGGCCGGCCUCUUCCCCCGCCUGCGGCUCCUGGCCGCUGCCCGCAACCCCUUCAACUGCGUGUGCCCGCUCAGCUGGUUCGGGCCCUGGGUGCGCGACAGCCACCUGCAGCUCGCCAGCCCCGAGGAGACGCGCUGUCACUUCCCGCCCAAGAACGCCGGCCGGCUGCUCCUGGACCUGGACUACGCCGACUUCGGCUGCCCGGCCACCACUACCGUCACCACUACUACCACCACCACCACGGAGGCUGCCACCACGACACCCAGCACCCGGCCUGAGGUGCGGAAGCCCACGCCCCCACCUGCCAGCCCGGUGCCCACGGGACCUGCCCCCAUGGGGCCGACUGCCACUGAGGCCUCCAGCCUACCCCCCACAGCCCUGCCCACCCCGGGGCCUGCCCCAGUGCCCCAAGACUGCCCCUCGUCCACCUGCCUCAACGGGGGCACCUGCCACCUGGGGCCAAGACACCACCUGGAGUGCAUCUGCCCAGAGGGCUUCGAGGGCCUGUACUGCGAGAGCCCUGUGAGGCCCAGCCCGGCCACAGCCACUCGGCGGCCACCGGGGCCCCUGCCCCUGGGCCUGGAGCCAGCCAGCCCCACCUCCCUGCGUGUGGAGCUGCGGCGCUACGUACAGGCCAGGCCAGCACAGCUCAAGGGCCUCCGCCUCACCUACCGCAACCUGUCAGGCCCUGACAAGAGGUCUGUGACACUGAGGCUGCCUGCCUCACUGGCCGAGUACACGGUCACCCAGCUGCAGCCCAAUGCCACCUACUCUGUCUGUGUCAGGCCCCUGGGGCCCAGCAGGGGGCUGGAGGGCGAGGAGGCCUGCGGGGAGGCCCACACACCCCCGGCUGCCCGCUCUAACCACGCCCCGGUUACUCAGGCCCGAGAGGGCAACCUACCACUUCUCAUUGCUCCCACGCUGGCUGCCAUGUUACUGGCCCUGCUGGCCGCCAUCGGGGCAGCCUACUGUGUGCGGCGGGGACGGGCUGCAGCAGCGCUGGCGGCAGCUCAGGACAAGGGGCAGGUGGGACCUGGGGCUGGGCCCCUGGAGCUGGAAGGAGUGAAGGCCCCCUUGGAACCAGGCCCCAAGGUGCCAGAGGGUGGAGGGGAGGCCCUGGCGGGGGGGGCCGAGUGCACAGUGCCGCUCAUGGGCUACUCGGGGACCGGGCCGCAGGGGCCCCUGCCUUCCAAGCCCUACAUCUAGGGGGCCACCAGGGCCCGGCUCCGUCCCUGCGAGGACUGGCUGCGCCCACCUGCUGCCAGACCAAGGAAACCCUCAGUUCCGCAUGACGGGGACAUAUCAUAGCAGGGGCUGUGUGACCACAGUAGGUCCCCACCCCUCUGGGCCUGGGUCACCUUGUCAGGACCCAGGCAAUGGUUGAUGAGGCCCCCAGGGCCUGAGUGGCCAGGACAGCAUCUGCCCAGCUGACAUGUGCAAUCACGGGGGUUGGGCCGUGUGCUGGUAACACAGGCCUAGGCCACCCGCCCGCUGCCCCUGCUCCAAGGACCGUGAAGGAAGCUCCCUGGAAGAUCAUGGGGAGAGUGGAGUUGGGGGACAGGCCGGGUGGCCCCCACCUCAACCCCAGGGAGCAAAGGUACAAAAGAAACUGGAAAGGAAGACGCUGUAGGAACCAGUCGUUCUGCUUUGGUUUUUUAAACUAUAUUUAUAAGAGAUCCUUUCCCAUUUAUUCUGGGAAUUUUUUUUUUAACUCAAAACAAGAACUUUGGUUUUUGUAAAACAAAGAUGAUAUGAAGGCCUUUUGUAUGAAAAAUAAAAACUCAACUGAA